AUGGAAUUCAAUAUCAAUAAAAGAAAAGCUUUGGUUGCUCCAGGUUCAGUGUGGGAAACCAGAAUGAAGAAUGAUCAAGUUAAAGGUGGAAUCAAAGUCUUCAAAGAAGAAGAACAAAAUGCUGUUCCUUCUAGAGUUAAAAGAACCUCAAUUGUGCCCAGAAAAACUUGGACUCCAGUUCAAAAGAAUUCAGAGGAACAACAGAGAAGCCCAAUUCAAUCAAGAAAGCUAAGAUCUGAUACACACAAGGUUGGUGAAGCAGGGCAAUUCAGGAAGAUCAAAUCAGAUCCGAUCAAGAAGAAUUCAACUUCUACUGAUUCAAUUCAAUUGAGUAAGUCCAAAUCUGAAUUGGAUCAAGUUCAAGAAAACGAGGUUGAUGAAUUGGAUAAUGGUGGUGGUGAUGAGUCUGAAAAGAUUGAAGCUGAGAAAAAACAAGAGAAUGUUGAAAAUUGUGAAGAGAAAGAGAUGUCACCUGAAAAUUUGGUUCGUGUUGGUAAUGCCGAGGAGAUUGAGAUCGAAACGGAGAGCUUUGAUGUCAAGGAAAUUACUAUUCCAGAAAAGGAUAAGGUUGUUGUCGUGAAUGAAGAAGAACCAGAACCAGAACCAGAAAAGGAUAAGAUUGUUGUGAAUGAACCAGAACCAGAACCAAAACCAAAACCAGAAACAAAAAAGGUUGUCAAUGCCAACAUGCGAUUUCAUCACAAAAAUGAAACAAGACCAAUUUCUGUACCUCUUGUAGUCAAGCAAUCGGCUUCAAUCAGAAGGAAUUCAACAAUUUACCGAAAUUCGAGUUCAGUUCCAAAGGAGAAAGAACACAGCAGUUUUCCACAAACUCAAAGCAAGUUGCAGAGUCUAGUGGAUUUGAUAAUGUGGAAAGAUAUUUCAAGAUCAACUUUUGUGUUUGGGAUUGGAACAUUCAUUAUAGUCUCAUCUUCUUAUGCAAAGGAUCUUAAUUUGAGUGUCAUUUCUGCAAUGUCCUAUGUAGGUCUUGUCUAUCUUGCAGUUAUCUUUCUGUAUAGAUCCCUAAUUUGCAGGGGAGUCAUAGAUGUACAAGAUUCAGAUUAUGUAGUAGGAGAAAAAGAUGCAAUUUGGAUGCUGCAGUUGGUCCUACCUUAUUUGAAUGAAUUCCUGUCCAAACUCAAAGCACUUUUCUCUGGAGAUCCUGGUACCACAAUGAAGUUGGCAAUUUUGCUGUUUGUUUUGGCUAGAUGUGGCAGUUUCAUAACUAUUUGGAAAAUGGCCAAAUUCGGAUUCUUUGGAGUUUUUAUAGUACCAAAGAUCUGUUCUUCGUAUUCAGCACAGUUAACUGCAUAUGGAAAUUUUUGGAUUCGUCGAUUUCGGGAUGCAUGGGAUUCAUGCACUCACAAGAAAGCCGUGGCUCUUGGCAUCUUCGGUCUUGUAUGGAAUCUGUCAUCGGUUGUUGCUCGCAUUUGGGCAGUGUUUGUGUUAUUUGUGGCAUUCAGAUACUAUCAACAACACUAUAUGGUGAGGGAUGAAUGUGUGGAAGAUGAAAUAGAAUGUGAGGAAACAUGGGAACAAGCCAAUAAACUAAAGAAAGGAUUCUAG